AAUGCCACUUCCUAUUAUUAAAGCAAUGGCAAUUUUAAAAAGAAGCGCAGCCACUGUCAAUAAAAAGUUUGGUUUAGAAGACAAAAUUGCGGAUGCAAUUGUAAAAGCAGCUGAUGAAAUCAUUGAAGGUCAAAUGUGCCACGACAAUUUUCCCCUAGUUAUUUGGCAAACUGGCUCGGGAACUCAAACAAAUAUGAACGUGAAUGAAGUAAUUAGUAACAGAAGUAUUGAAUUAUUAGGGGGAACAAUGGGUUCAAAGAAUCCCGUUCAUCCGAAUGACCAUGUGAAUAUGAGCCAAUCAUCCAAUGAUACUUUUCCUACGGCUAUGCAUGUAGCUGUUGCUAUUGAAAUUAAUACCCUUUUGUUACCAGCAAUGGAACAACUUUCAUUGGCUUUGCAAAACAAAUGCGACGAAUUUUCGGAUAUAAUUAAAAUAGGACGAACGCAUACACAGGAUGCUACUCCUUUAACCUUGGGUCAGGAAUUUAGUGGAUAUGUACAACAAAUGAAAAACGGUUUGCUAAGAGUAAAGUCCACUUUGCCGAGAGUCUAUGAAUUAGCCGUUGGGGGAACGGCUGUUGGGACUGGAUUAAAUACCAGAAAAGGCUUUGCAGAAGAUGUUGCAAAAGAAAUUGCUUCCUUUACAAGUUUACCAUUUGUCAGCGCUCCAAACAAAUUUGAGGCAUUAGCCACUAAAGAUGCAUUGGUAGAGGUAUCCGGUGCUUUAAAUGUCGUCGCCUGCAGUAUUAUGAAAAUUGCUAACGAUAUAAGAUUCCUCGGUUCGGGACCACGUUGUGGUCUUGGUGAGUUAAACUUGCCAGAGAACGAACCAGGGUCAAGUAUAAUGCCAGGAAAAGUAAAUCCUACUCAAUGUGAAGCAAUAACUAUGGUAGCAGCUCAAGUAAUGGGAAAUAAUGUAGCGGUUACUAUAGGUGGUUCUAAUGGCCACUUUGAAUUGAAUGCCUUUAAACCUUUAAUAGUUUCGAAUGUUCUUCAGUCGAUUCGUUUGUUAGGUGAUUCCUGCUUGUCUUUUAAAAAUAAUUGCGUGGAUGGUAUAACAGCAAACAAGGAAAGAAUCGAUAAACUAUUGAACGAAAGUCUUAUGCUAGUGACGGCUCUUAAUCCUCACAUAGGAUACGAGAAAGGGGCACAAAUAGCUAAAAAUGCUCACGAGAAAGGAAUUACUUUAAAGGAAUCAGCUAUUAGCUUUGGUUAUUUAACAGAAGCCCAAUUUGACGAAUGGGUUAGACCUGAGGACAUGUUAGGUCCAAAAUAA